GAUCCAAAUAAAAAAGCUGGAUCUAGUGACUUUAAAUGUGGUUUCAAAAGGGGAAAGUUGGGCCUUGGCUGAGAUGUGUACUUGAUUCUACUUGGUUACACAUUCCAUCGCGGUUUUUAUUUUUAGUAAUAUUAUAAACAGCACAUUUGUGUGUUUUUUCUCAAUUUAUAAGAACACACAGUGAUUUGGUUGAAGAUUGUAAACCAUGCAUGCAUCACAGCCUCCUCUCAGCAGAGUCAGGAGCUGAUCCAAACAUGCUCCUUCCCACCAGUGACACUCAGUGGUUUUAACAGGAACAGUCAGAUGAGGGACUCCGGCUUUCUUUUUUUUUAACAUCCCAGAAAUACAGAUGAGAUGAAUAUAUCAGCAAUUAACUUCUCCUUCGUUAAGUUUUUUAUUAAGUUUUUAAUUUACUUUCAUUAACUAGCAUUUAAUAAGCUAUGGGCUGGCGGUUGUAGUUUUAACGUCCCAGUGCUCUAAUGGUUUUCUCUGCGGAGCCUUUUCACACCAGGCACUGCAACUUUCAACCAUGCAAAAAAAACAACAACAUAUGACUACUGGAGUCCAUCUUGUGAUGAGAUCACACUGGCCCCUCAUCAACACGUUGCAUCAUGGGUACUCGGGAGUCAUCGCUGCAUUAUUGACAAGCAUCACAGCUGGUGUGAUCUCAUUCAAAGAUGGUCCCUGUAGUUUGAUCUAAUGUCUCAGAGAAUGAACUGUGGCCUUAAAACGAGGGCUGGAGUGGGGAGUGGGGGGGCAGCAGCAGCAGCAGCCACUUCUCUACUUCCUGUUCUAUUAAAGUGUCGUCAUAAGCAACGACCAUGACUCAGCGUGAACGAUGCCAGGACGUAAAAAACUGAUGUGAUUCAGCCGUAAUUAGUUUAAAUGUGUAAACACGUGUUUUUCCUGCUGUGACACGUCUAAGUGAAAUGUCAGUGACUAUUAAUAGACAUGGGGGAGAUAUUUUUUGGAGAUUUGAUUUUUUAUCCUGACCUCAAAUCUGAUCAACAGACUGUUUACUGAUUGUUUUUUUUCUCACUGUCUGCUCUAUGUGUGUGUUGCACUUUUCCUAGUAUAGGCCUUUUCCCCAGUUAUCGUCAGUCUUCCUAGAAGGAGCCUGUAUCAUGUGAAUGCAGCCAGAUGAAGAAAGAAAGAGGAAAAAAUAGUUUUGUGACCUCAGCUCUAUCUAUCCCCCUCUUACCUCUAUCCCACAACACACACACAACCGAGCCGUAUGCAGCAGCGGUGAAUCAAGGUUCCUGUUUAAUGGGUAAACACAAAUCAGUGGUCUGGCGCAGGUCACUCACCCAGCCUGCAAUCAUGUCCUGUACGCUACAUGAGUCACCGCACAGGCCGACCGUGGACACGCAGAUAUAAAAUAUACUAACUGAACCUUUUCUUCUACUUUCACCGAGCACUUCUCUCCCGUGUCAUCUGCUUACAUCCCGUGUUUUCUCACCAUCCCAUAUUUCUUCCCUGUGAGUCACAGCCACACAGCCAUGAAGGCCUCCUGAGGAUCAAUAGCUUGCAUGACAUGUUUGCCCUCUGGACCUUGGGACAGCCUGCCAGCACACACACACACACUGUUGCAGAGUCUGCAGGCCACCCACGGGCUCCGGACACUGUGCGCUGGGAGGCCUGGGUGGGUGAAUGCACUGAAGGAUGGCCGUGCUUUGCAAAGCCGUGGCAGACGGACUGCUGCUCUCUUUGAGCCUGGCUCUGCUGGGGUGGGGAGCCGAGGGGCAAGGGAACGGACGUGGAAUGAGAGAAGUGUCGGGCGGGUCCACUGUCUACCUCAGCCAGGACAGAGACAUCUGGAGGCCACUGAUCCACACAACAGUCAACCUCAGUGAGGUCAGCAGCAUCAAGUCGUCCUUCCAGCUACGGACGUUUGACCCAGAAGGCGUCAUUUUCUACGGAGACACCAAAGACGGAGAGGACUGGUUUGUUCUGUCCCUGAAAGACGGCAUCCCUCUGAUGCAGAUGAGGAAAGAGGACAUGCUGGUCAGCGUGGCAGGAGGCCCCAAACUCAACGACGGGAAGUGGCACACGCUGGAGGUGAGCAACAAGGGGCAGUUUGUGAUCCUGGAUGUGGACGGCUCCAGUGGGCUGGUGGUGGGCCUGCAGUCCAAACUGAUGGAGGAGGUCAUUUCAGGGAAACUCCGAAUGGCUCUAGGCGGGAUCCUGAUCAACAAGGACAAGAUGAUUGUGGCGUUUGAGCCGCGCAUGGACGGCUGUGUGCGGGAAGGCAGCUGGCUAAACCUCAACAGCCCCUGGGAGAUGGAGGCCAGCGAGCUCUGGCCCUGCCAUGAAAACAUCCAGCCUGGCAGCUACUUCCCCGGCUCUGGAGUCGCCAUCUUCGACACGUCAGUUUUCCCCUUUGACGAGGUCGAUGGGGUCAGGUUUGAAGUGGCGGGAGAUUUCAGUCACAUGGAUGGGACCAUUUUCAGCAUCAAGGCUCCUGGGCGAGAGCUGACGGUCGCGUUAGUGGCCAACAACAACACAAAGGAGGUCACGCUCACUGUGGGCGAACAAAGGAUCAGCAUGAGCAAAACUUUACAGAGACUGGUGCUAACGUUUCAACCAGAGUUACUGCAAGUGUUUCAAGAGGAACCCAAGCUCACUGAGGUAGAUCUCACUGAGGUAGAUCUCACUUUACUGAGAAACCCUGGUGUUUGGAGCACAUGGAGAGAGGGACGUCUGGCCAUUGGAAGUCUCCUGGGCGAAGGUGACGACAACGUUGGCUCCCACUUCUUGACGGGCUGUCUGAAGGAAAUCAAGGUCCAAGGGAAGGACCUGGAUCUGGAUUUAGCCAUCACACUGAAGUCAGUCUCCUCCCACAGUUGCCCUGCGUAGAAAGUUUGCAUGUACAAUAUGUGGAACAGAUGUUUGCAGGUGGACACCACGUAUGUUAAGUGCAAAAUUUUUAACAAUAUGUAAUGCUGUUCACUAUAACCUGAUAACCGCUAAACUUUCUGAUCAGGCGGCUAAUACUCAUUCUUCAGCGGAAUGUGGGAUUUGUAUGUUUUAACCUCUACAGCGAUGAGAAUUUUCUAUUAAAUAGAAAUAGAAAUAUCUUGCACUAGUCCUAUUGUAACAGAAUAUGCAGAUUCAUCUGUGGAAUAAAUGUGAGUGAUUCUCUGACGUUGCAACAGUGUAUUUCUGCAAUUUGGGACAAAUAAACGUUAACGCUGCUCUGAGGAGA